CGGCCGGCAUGGAGGGCGCGGUGUCCAACGUCGAGGUCUGCAACCUGGCCUACGCCGGGCGCCUGGAGGAGCUGCGCGCCCAGCUGCUGCGUGACAGGGCCCUGGCCACCGCCACCGACCAGGACCGCCGCACCGCGCUGCACUGGGCCUGUUCGGCGGGACGCACGGCCGUGGCGGAUCUCCUGCUGGGGCUCGGCGUGCCCGUCGGCGAGAAGGACGACGCUGGUUGGACUCCCUUGCACAUUGCUGCAUCGGCGGGCCGCGAUGAGAUCGUGAAGGCCCUCAUUGACAAAGGGGCUCCCAUCAAUGCUGUCAAUCAGAACGGCUGCACGCCCCUGCACUACGCAGCCUCCAAAAAUAAGCAGGAGAUUGCAGUCAUGCUGUUAGAGAAUGGAGCUGAUCCAGAUGCAACAGAUCAUUUUGAAUCUACCCCAUUGCAUAGAGCAGCAGCGAAAGGCAACCUAAAAAUGAUACAGAUUCUUCUGCGGCACAAUGCAUCUGUUAACAUACAGGACUCAGAAGGGAACACUCCCCUUCAUUUAGCCUGCGAUGAAGAGAGAGUGGAUGAGGCAAAGCUGCUGGUGUCUAAUGGUGCAAGUAUUCACAUUGAGAAUAAAGAAGAGCUGACCCCACUGAAAGUGGCAAAGGGUGGCCUGGGAGCCAUACUUAAAAGAAUGGCGGAGGGCUAGUGGGGCCUUCUGGCCUGGCUGUCUCCUCUUUUGUGCUUUGUUUAAGAUUGCCAACCUCGUAUUUCUAUAGUUCAACAAGGAUGUCAUAUGUGAGCAUCAGCAUGGUACUCAACUGUCUUCUCUCUAGGUUUGCUCAAAGUAUACUGCCAGUCAUUUGUACUUCCUGUUGAUUAAACAGUUUACUACUUUUGAUGUAUUUUUGAUAUCUUGUUUUGUUUCAGUUCACUGUAUGAUCUGUAUACUUUAGGUUAUUCCUUCUGUGUUGCAGUCCAGUUUAGGAUUAUUUCUUUCAAACAACUUUGGGAGUCUCAAAAUGGUAUUCUUGCUCUCUGUACUUCAGGUAAUAAUUUCAGGGAUAAAGUGUGAUUGUAAGGUGAUUUCCUGCUGAAUUCUUAAAAAAUGCAAAGCAAGCAUCUUUACCUGUAGGAUAUUAAAAACAAACAAACAAACUAGCAA